AAACCCUCCACCAUCCUCCACGCGCUGCGGUGCGGGGUCACGAACUAUGACCUUUAACAGAAGAAAACCAAAACAAAUGUUUUAUAAAAUAACAGAGGGCCCAAAGUCUGUGACCGCCGCUCCCCGGAGUGGAGGAGGGUUGAUGGACUCGCUGCUGGACCAAUCGGUGAAGAAUAGCGAGCAUCUCUCCUCCCUUUGGCCAGCAGCAUGUGGAGCUGCUGCAGGCACAUUCAUCAGGAAUGCUGUCAAACUGUCUUCUUUGUAUUCUGACCCCAAAGAUGAAGUCAAAACCGUGAAGUGCAAUGAGAUAACUGAGGACCUCACUAAUGACCUUACAUCAUCAUGACGACCAGCCAGAAUCUGCUCUCUCAGCAGAAAGUGGACUCUGAGCACGAGGCAGAGGUGCCGUCCUCUCCUUCAGACUCAGUGAUGAGUGAGUCCCCACAGCGCUUUCAGGUCAUCUCCACUGAGCCCGCCACAACACCACAGCGCAUACAGAUUGUAACUGACCAGCAGACGGGUCAGAAGAUCCAGAUAGUGACAGCGAUGAAGCCGCCCAGCGCUCCCAAACAGCAGUUCAUUCUGACUACGGCAGACAACUCCGGGGCUGGCAAGGUUAUCCUGACCUCUCCCGACAGCCACAACACUAAGCAGCUGAUCUUCACUGCUGCAGACAGCUUGAUACCAGGGAGGAUACAGAUCGUCACAGAUCCAGUGUCAAUGGAGCGGUUGUUAGGGCAGUCAGGGGACCUGAGCCGCCCGCAGCCAGUGGAGUACUGCUUGGUUUGUGGGGACAAGGCUUCAGGGCGUCACUACGGAGCGGUCAGCUGUGAAGGAUGUAAAGGGUUCUUCAAGCGCAGCGUGAGGAAGAACCUGACUUACAGCUGCCGCAGUAAACAGGACUGCGUCAUCAACAAACACCACCGCAAUCGCUGCCAAUUCUGUCGGUUGAGGAAAUGCCUUAAAAUGGGGAUGAAGACUGACUCUGUCCAGAGUGAGAGGAAGCCCAUUGACGUAGUGCCCAGAGAAAAGCAUGCCAACUGUGCUGCAUCCACCCAGAAGAUCUACAUCCGAAAGGACCUGAACAGUCCGCUCAUCGCCACACCAACCUUUAUCUCCGACACAGAGACAGACGGCUCCAGGUCCAGCCUGCUGGACCAGGGCAUGCUGGUUAAUAUCCAACAGCCUCUCAUCCAGACUGAUGGGACUCUGCUGCUGGCCACUGACUCAAAGAUGGAGUCUGGGCAGGGGGACCUGGGGACACUAGCCAAUGUGGUGACAUCACUGGCCAACCUGAGUGACUCACUGAGAGAGAAUCUAAACAAUGGCGAUACCUCAGACGGCCAACAGGAGGAGCAAUCUGCCACCGAGAUAACCCGUGCCUUUGACACCCUGGCCAAAGUGUUCAACCCUCCUGACGUCGGGGCCGAUAAGCCUCAGUGUGUCAGUGGAACCACCAUCCAGCUGAUUGGUCGGGACCAGGAGACCCCCAUCAUCGAGGUGGAGGGACCGCUGCUCACAGACAGCCAUGUCGGCUUCAAGCUGACCAUGCCCAGCCCCAUGCCUGAGUAUCUGAACGUCCACUACAUCUGUGAGUCAGCGUCCAGACUCCUCUUCCUCUCCAUGCACUGGGCGCGCUCCAUCCCUGCCUUCUCAGCUCUGGGUCAGGAGGCCAACACCAGCCUGGUGCGAGCCUGCUGGAACGAGCUGUUCACGCUGGGUCUGGCUCAGUGCGCCCAUGAGAUGAACCUGUCCACCAUCCUGGCCGCCAUCAUCAACCACCUGCAGAGCAGCAUCCAGGAUGACAAGCUUUCGGGGGAGAGGGUGAAGCAGGUGAUGGAGCACAUCUGGAAGUUCCAGGAGUUCUGUAACAGCAUGACCAGGCUGGAGACGGACAGCUACGAGUACGCCUACCUGAAGGCCAUCGUGUUGUUCAGCCCUGAUCACCCCGGUGUGGACAGCAGCGGGCAGAUAGAGAAGUUCCAGGAGAAAGCCUUGAUGGAGCUGCAGGACUACGUGCAGAAAACCUACUCAGAGGACACCUACAGGUUGACCCGUAUCCUGACCCGCCUCCCCGCGCUGCGCCUCAUGAACUCCAGCAUCACGGAGGAGCUCUUCUUCACUGGACUGAUCGGUAACGUCUCUAUUGACAGCAUCAUUCCUUACAUCCUCAAGAUGGAAACGGCUGAGUACAACAGCCAGGACUCUGAGCCGGCAGAAUGACAGCCCGGCACUUCACCACCCACAAGUGUUGAAUUUAAAUAUCCGCUUCAGGUUCCCCAGUCCAGCGUUCUGCAGCGGGCCCUCGCUCUGUAACGGUGCAUGGUGCAGAGUCAUUCAGAUUAAAAUAAUCACAGACUGGGAACACUUGGACUGUUUUCCUGAGCAGAUGCAGCGAGAUAAUCUUGAAUUUCCGGCUCUAAACUCAAGUCUCUGUGAAUGGAAAAGGAAUCCUCUGCAACAUGAGCUCAUCUCCUUUAAUGUCUUUAUGGCAACUUAAGCUAAUUACACAUCGGGCCACACCGCUUACUGAAACUGGUCAGUGUCAUCACUCUCACACCGGGUUAAUAUUAAAAUACAAACACCAGAUCAGACCUGUGGACCAAGUUUAUUUUUAAUAUCCAGAUGAGCCACACUGCUGCUUUAACUGUUAAUGUGUGUGUUGAAGUAAGAAGCUCAGAUACUGUAGCUGGUGUGGCCCGUUCUCUCUGACAUAAGCCUUUCUUAUUGUGUUUUAAGCCUUACCAUGCUCUCAUGUUCAUGUCAUUCAUAUUCUAGCUCUAGUUUGCAGAUAACAGAUGAGCUGUAUCAACAGACUCAAACAGAAAUCUGACAUGAGGAAGUGGAGUUUCACCUAUUUAAAAGUCUAAAGACUAAAGUAAAUCGGAGCACUUAUUUUAAACGUGUACUACGAAGCUGUAAAGUAUUUGUUUCUGUUGGUAUUUGGGAACAUUGGCACAGGUGUUUUAAUAGCUGUGCUGUUAAAAUGGAUGAAAUAUGACGAUUCUUUACACGCUUUGUAAUAAUGACACCAUUUCCCUCAAAGGUGCGAGACAUUCAUGUACAGUUAUUUACUUAAGAUAAAUAUUAGUUGGAAUGAGAACUUGAGUCAGGUACAAAAACAAAGUCAAACCUCAGUUAAUUACUCGUUAAUCCGUGUUCAUAAGGACUUGCUUUCAUGGCAUUUAUCUACCACACAGUGCAUUACGACAUGACCAACGUCUGCUUUCAUCCACUCAUUCACAGAGUCACAUUAGCCAAAUUAGCCAGUUAACUAGCCAGUUAAACUGGCCAUGUUUCUUUUCUUUUCUCUCUUUUUUUUGCUUUUUUAACUCCGUAACAUCUCAGAGAUUUUUCCUGGGAGUGUUUUUAUGUUUAGGUACACUAAUUUCUGGAUUCUAAUGAACAUGUUGCUAAUAUAACCUGUGCAAUCACCUCAUCACUUUUCCCUUUACGACAAUCAGUUCUACGUUAUUUCUUUCUGUCUAUGACUGUUCUUCUGUAUCUGCGUUAUUAUCUAUGUGUAUUUAUCAAUGGCAGUUAUUUCUUUUAAAGAAGUAGAUUACCUUUAAAGAUUUUGUGUUCAGAAAGUGUAACUUAUGCGUAGCUAUGCUACUGUUUUUGUACUUGUGUUUGCAUUAGUGCACAUCCAUCAGCUUCUGUGUUGUUUCACUGUGUUCAUGCUGACUAAAACUUUGUGUUUUCUAUGUUUUCUAAAAACAUGAAUUUGUUGUGAACAAAUUUGCUUGUUGCAUACUAAGUGUACUUAAAGUACUUUUGGGCAGGUUUCCCUGAUUUAAAAGAGAAAAAGAUUGAGUGGGAAAACGCAUCCUCAGCAACAUGAAUGAUAACAGGAAUGUAAAGAAGUCAACAAGGAUUAUGUCUUGUGAAAUACAUGUCAAUUGUAAUAUUUGGGGUUUAAAACCCAGACAGACUGUUUGUUAAGGCACUGUUGUGAAAUGACCUUUGUACAUGUAGUUUCAUUAAAAUGAGUGCAUGUUGUUUUUAAGCCGGGUUUUAUAAUCUUGUCGCUGUCUGCCCUAAUAAGGAGCAUUGUUAUACAUUUUAUAGUGCAUUGCAGUGCAUGAAGAAGUUGCUUAAGUGCAUUUUAUUAAAUGCUGUAUUAAAAAAAUGUUUAUUUAAAUGUCGUGGCUUUAAAAUAUUCACCAUGAGCAGCUCCCACAUUAGAGGAUAUUAGAUCAGAUUUCUUUCUCUCCAGCUUUGUGGAUUGAGAAUCCAACGGUUAAAAUUUUAUACGAUGUAAAUGUACUUUGUUUUUCUGCUCAUGUAAAAAUGUAUUUCUUCAAACAUUGGGAUUGAGAAACAGCAUUCAUGUUUUGCUCAAGUUUGUCACAACCCCACAUUUCUACCUCACACCAAUGAAGAUAUAAAACAAA